CCGGCAUGCCGUGCACAGUUUUGUUUUGUUUCGGGUGUUUAAAUUUAAUUGGAAACUCCACGGCUUAUUUUCUAGAAAGUGAUGAACCAGAAGCCUGUAGUAGCUGCCCCCGAGUACUGCCACUUCUUCAAGACCCUGCUGGUGGAGGAACUCGAACUGGAGACGGACUUUCAGAGGCUACACUACGGCCAAUGCGCAAUAAUUGGACGACUGGUGCUUGAGUCGAAAUUCUAUCGCUUGGGAAACGUGCGCGUUAAGAGCCUCCCGGAGACCUUAUCCUUGCCCGAGGGCACCAUAUCUCUGCUCCUUUUGGGACUCACCAUCGACAAAACCGUCGGACAGAGCGUGGCACCCGGUUCCUAUUGCAUUGUGCGCGGCGAAGUGAUCCUCUGCAAUGUGGUGCAUCCCAACAGUCGGACACUGACCGCCCGCGGAGUCCACGAGAAGUUUUCUAGCCUGUCCCACGAUCCGGCGUCCCAAAAGGAAUACCUCAGCUGGCUGCGUCUCACCCACAAACCGGCCAUCGAUUUGUGGUUCAUCCAGUCCAUCGACAGAGCCGAAGAUCUGCUGAGUCGCAGGCUGGAGAUCCGGGGACUGACCGUGAGAUGAACACACAUUACCUCACCACCUCGCGAACCAA